AUGUGUUUAGCUGUUUCAUGGUAUUUAACAAACGAUAUGCAAUUUCAUUGGAUAGCACCUUUAGCUCUAAUACCAUUUGUAUCCAGGCGAAUAGUCAUUUCUUUUAUUAUCACUAUUUGUUUUAUACUUACUAGUAUCAUUUCCAUCAGUACCAUUCUCGUACAACAUCCUAAAAUGAGUAUUGGAUUUAUCAACGAGGGUAUCGAACAAGCGGGACCAACAUUUUUUAAUACAGUUUAUAUCGCACCAUGGUGUCGUAUAUCACCGUAUGCCUGUGGUUUAUUAACAGGUUUUCUUAUUGUUAAUGUUGGACGAAAAUACCCAAUGAAUAUUUUUGUUAAAGUGAUUGGCUCAAUUAGUGCGCUUAUAGUUGCAUUUGCUUGUUUAUUUGCGCUGUAUGGUGAUUCAAUUACGCCACAAGGUUUAUCACGUACAUCUCUCAUUGUUUAUCAAUCAUUAUCUCGUACCGGUUGGGGUCUCGCUAUUUGUUGGCUAUUGUUUUUGUGUAGUACAGGAAAUGGUGGAAUCAUUUCAAAAAUUCUCUCA